AUGGGUCAGAUAACAUCUUUUGUUUUUUCCGGGCAAAAGGAUCUACGGACGUAUGUGAUCGUUCUACUGAAAUCCAAACUCCAUGACGUCGAACUUUACAUCCAACAAGGCCUUUCCAGAGUGAAAUGGUCCUCUUUAAGCGUUUAUGAAUAUGCGGAAGAUUGCGAGGCCCAAAUUAUAGCUUUAAAUACAGUUUACGAACACAUAGAACAUAUUGAAAAAGACUUGUUCAGACGAGUCAAAAUGCUUUUGAACGCAAACCUUUUUGAAUUUGACCCAGUUAGCGUCGAGCCUACGAGACUUCCUUGCAAGCAGUUUUAUAAUGCCAUGUAUGAAAAACGAACCGAAAAAGUAGCAAGUUUAUACAAAAUUUACGAAUCAUUUGGCCCAAUUUUGGUGAAACUAGAAUAUCUGGUAUUGAAUAGCAACACUGGAAAUUGCCCUGAAAUGUUUAGCUACUACUACUAUUGGGAAGCAGAAAUUUACAAAGCUCUUAUUGGCAUGACUAUGAGAAAUCUUGGUUUAUUUGCCAAAAAAUUUGAGGAUAAAGUAUUGCUAUUUCAAGUUGACGCUUUAGUAAUGACUCCGGAAAUAUUACUCAGACCCAAUGCAGCCGAGGUUUACAAUUUGACUUUACGUAAUACUCACGAUUUUAUAGACAGGCUACGUCUGUUUCCUCGCUGGGCAAACGAAACUUGCAUCAUGUGCAAGCCAAUUCCAGUUUCAAAAAAAGAAGAUUUUUUGUUUAGUUUUUAUGAUGAAAUUAUAAAUGCUGCUGACGUUAAUGAUGCUACACAAAGACUACAAGAUGUUGUUCGAAAAUCUAUUCUGAAUGUGCAAAAACAUAUACAAAAAUUUAAACGUUACAAACUUUUGUGGACAGUUGAAAAACAAUCUGCUUGUGAAAAAUUUAUGGCUGGCAUGGUGACUUUGGAAAAUUACGAUGAAAAAUUUAUGUAUUACAAAGAUAUAAUUGAAACUAUAAAAUCUUAUAAGGAAUAUAUGGAUAUCGACAGUUUAAGAUUACAUCUAAAACCUUUGUUAGAUACUAUAGUGCAACAUUGCCUUCAAUGGAAAACGACUUUAGGAAGUUUAUUAGAUGCCGAUACUGUAGUGAAAAUGAUGGAAAUGAAACGAAAAAUUGACGAUCUUAAAUCUAAGAUAAUACAGCACAUUAAAGGCCUCGAAAAGUUUAAGACAGUUAUGCAAGCCAUAACAGCGAUACGAAAAUACAAUAUACAAGCUGAACUAGAUUAUUUACGAUUUCAAGAUAUUUAUGCAAUGCUGAGGCAACAUGAGUUUGAAUUCGAUCCUGCACAUGAGGCUAUGGCUUACCAACUGGAACAAGAUUGGCAAGAGUUGUUAAUAUCCGGAUUAUAUAGGGAACAAACACUAGAGUCUACCAAAGAACGUUUUGCUUUGCUUACGUUAGAUGAAAUUAACACAUUUUUAGAUGAACUAGCAGAGUUUUUGAAAAGAUUCGAGCAUGAAGGCCCCGGAUCUGUCGGAGAAGACUUAGACAACGGCACGAAACUUAUGGAAGAAUACCGGAUUGAAUUUGACACUCUAGAAGCCCGUAGAAUUGAGUUAGUCAAUGCAGAAAUGUUAUUUGACAUUCCUUUAGCUGAUUAUUCAGAUUAUUUACAAGCCAAACAAGAUUUUGAGGGCAUGGAUGUGAUUUAUAAAGUUUAUAAGGCCCAAAAACACGCGAGAGAAUUAUGGGGUAAGACUUUAUGGGCUAAUUUGAACCCACAAGCAUUGCUUGAUGGAAUCGACGGGUUUUUAAAAGAGUUUAGAAAAAUACCCAAAGAAAUUCGCGCAAUGGAUGUAGGAUUAACGUUGGAACUUAAAAUGAAACAAUUUAGAAAUUCUAUACCUUUAAUGGUUGCUCUAAAGAACGAGGCUUUAAGAGACCGCCAUUGGAAGAAACUAAUGACUAAAACUGGUAUAACAUUUGAUAUGGCACCCGACAGAUUUACGUUGGAUAAUAUGUUUGCCAUGGAACUUCAUAGGUUUCAAGAUAUUGCUGAGGAAAUUAUUAAUAAUGCCAUUAAGGAGUUGGCAAUUGAGCGAGGUGUCAUGGAAAUUGCUGAUACCUGGAAAACGGUGGCAUUUAUUGUGAUUAAACAUUUGAAAGGGACCGACGAUAGAGGUUUUAUUAUUGGAGCCACUGAUGAAAUUAUGCAAAUAUUAGAAGAUAACUCUAUGAAUUUGCAAAGUAUGGCGGGCUCUCAGUUCGUAGGACCGUUUUUGCCUCACGUACAAAAAUGGGAGAAGACUCUGGCACAUAUUGGUGAAGUAAUUGAUGAAUGGUUGGCAGUACAAAGAAAGUGGUUAUAUUUAGAAGGAAUUUUUGUAGGGGGUGAUAUAAGAGCUCAACUACCAGACGAAGCCAAAAAAUUUGACGAGAUUGAUAAAUUUUUUAGGAAGAUCAUGAUGGAAACUGCUAAAAGACCUAUUGUAUUAGAAUGCUGCACCGUGCAAAGUCGCUUAGAAGAACUUCAGGAUUUAAGCGUAGGUCUCGACAAAUGUCAAAAAUCUUUGAACGAUUACCUUGACGCAAAAAGACGAAGAUUUCCAAGAUUCUAUUUUAUAUCUACAGAAGAAUUAUUGUCAAUUUUAGGAAGCAGCGAACAUACAGUAGUCCAAGAACAUAUGAUAAAAAUGUUCGAUAAUAUAAAAUCUUUACGCUUCACCACUGACUCUAAUGAUAGAGUAAUUGCCUCAGCAAUGAUUUCAUCAGAAGGGGAAGUGAUGGAGUUUAGAAACCCCGCAAUGAUUGAAGGAAAAGUCGAAGAUUGGAUGAAUGAAGUUUUAAAAGAAAUGAGACGGUCAAAUAGAUUUAUAACAAAAAGCUCCAUAUAUUAUUACGGGAAAAUCCGUAGACCUCGACCUAAAUGGAUGCUAGACUAUCAAGGCAUGGUAUGUCUGAUAGGAAGUCAAGUUUGGUGGACGGCUGAAGUGGAGGACGUAUUUGCCAAAAUUAAAAAAGGAAAUAAAAGAGCCAUGAAAGAGUACUUGCAGCAACUCAAUAAUCAAUUAGAUGAAAUCGUGUUUACUGUCAGAGCUGAUUUAACUACCAAUGACCGUACAAAAUUUCGUACUAUAGCCAUUGUCGAGGUGCACGCGAGGGAUAUUGUAGAAAACUUUGUACGAGACAGCGUAACAGAUAUAUCCGAAUUUGAAUGGGAAAGUCAAUUGAGAUUUUAUUGGGUUAAUCAUUUGGAUAAUUUAUGGGUAACACAAUGCACGGGCUCAUUUGAAUAUGGUUAUGAAUAUAUGGGCCUGAAUGGUAGAUUAGUUAUAACACCCUUGACUGAUAGGAUUUAUUUAACUAUAACUCAGGCUUUGAUAAUGCAUAUGGGAGGAGCUCCUGCAGGGCCCGCGGGUACAGGAAAAACUGAAACUGUUAAAGAUUUAGCCAAAGCCCUAGCUUUAUUGUGUAUAGUAACUAAUUGUGGAGAGGGCAUGGAUUAUAAAGCUAUCGGUACGACCCUUGCAGGCUUGUCACAAUGUGGCGCCUGGGGAUGUUUUGAUGAGUUUAACAGAAUCGAUAUAUCAGUGUUGUCAGUGAUAUCAACUCAACUACAAACGAUAAAAAGCGCUUUGAUGAUGAGGCUGGAACGUUUUACCUUCGAAGGUGUUGAAAUUGCCUUGGAUUCUAAAGUAGGCAUUUUCAUAACCAUGAAUCCUGGUUAUGCUGGUCGUACUGAACUGCCUGAAUCUGUUAAAGCCCUAUUCAGACCUGUAGUAUGUAUUGUGCCGGAUCUAGAAAUGAUUUGCAUGAUUUCAUUAUUUUCCGAUGGAUUUUUAGAGGCCAAAGUACUGGCUAAAAAAAUGACUGUGCUAUAUAAACUCGCGAGAGAACAAUUAUCUAAGCAAUUCCAUUAUGAUUGGGGCUUGAGAGCUUUAAAUGCUGUGCUUAGAAUGGCUGGUGUGCUUAAAAGAGCUUCGCCAGAUAUUAAAGAAGCCUUAGUUUUAAUGAGAGCCCUUCGUGACAUGAAUCAUCCCAAAUUUGUUUACGAAGACGUGCCUUUAUUUCUGGGAUUAAUCAGAGACUUAUUUCCGGGCAUGGAUUGUCCUAGAGUCGGCUAUCCAGACCUCAAUGCAGCAGUGGAAAAAGUUUUAGAAAAAGAACGCUACAUAAUUUUACCUUAUCAAGAAGACAAAGUUGUUCAAUUAUAUGAAACAAUGAUGACGAGGCAUUCUACAAUGCUUGUAGGCCCUACUGGCGGUGGCAAAACUGUUGUAAUUAAUGUACUGGCUAAAGCCCAAACUCUUUUGGGUUUACCAACGAAAAUUUUUACAUUGAACCCCAAGGCGUGCAGUGUAAUAGAACUAUAUGGAAUUCUCGAUCCAUUAACAAGAGACUGGACUGAUGGUUUAUUGUCGAAUAUAUUCAGAGACAUGAAUAAACCUACAGAAAUACCCGAAAGAAGAUACAUUUUAUUUGAUGGCGAUGUAGAUGCUUUAUGGAUAGAAAAUAUGAACUCAGUUAUGGAUGAUAAUAGAUUAUUAACUUUAGCUAACGGAGAACGAAUUCGACUUAACACUCCAAUAUGUGCGUUAUUAUUUGAAGUUGGUGAUCUGCAAUUUGCCUCUCCUGCAACAGUUUCAAGAGCAGGCAUGGUUUACGUAGAUCCUAAAAACUUAGGCUAUCAACCUUAUUGGGAUAGAUGGGUGCAAAGUAGAAAACACUUGCCUGAACGUGAAGCAUUUUCAGAUUUUUACGAAAGAGUCGUUAGAGAUUUGAUGGCCUAUGUCCUUGAAGGCACUCUAGGAAACAAACAAGUAUCCCCUUUGAAAACAGUCAUCCCACAAACUGGCUUAAAUAUGAUUACUCAACUUUGUCACGUUAUUGACGCUAUUUAUCCACAACCAAUAGAAGAUAAUCGUGACCCUGAAGAAGAAGUAGAGAUUGAUUUAGUUAAUGCAAUAUUUUUAACGUCGCUUUAUAAUUCUGUUGGAGCAGCUCUUAUAGAUUCUUGUAGAUUAGAAUUUGACGAUUACAUAAAAUCCGCUAUAUCCAUGUUAAAUCACAACGACUCUAUUGAAGAUCCGUGUGACCUAUUUCAUUGGCCUACGCAUCGUUCCACCAUGUACGAUUAUUUUCUGAAUAUCAAAAAUAAAGUUUGGAUUGCCUGGGAUUGGUUGGUGCCAGGAUAUAUUCACGAAACCAAUUUGAGAUUUUCACAAAUCUUGGUACCAACUGUUGAUACCGUCAGAGUCACAUAUAUAUUACAAUUAAUGAAUCAAAUUAAACGUCCGAUUGUUUUGGUUGGCGAUACUGGAACAUCUAAAACAGCCAUUAUUCAAGACUUUUUACGUCAUUUAAAUCCAGACGUAUUUAUUUUGUUGAAUAUUAAUUUUUCAUCAAGAACUUCUUCGAUGGAUGUUCAAAUGAAUUUAGAGUCCGCAGUAGAGAAACGUACUAAAGAUAUUUAUGGGCCACCGAUGGGCAAGAAGCUUAUAUGUUUUAUCGAUGAUAUGAACAUGCCACAAGUUGAUGAAUAUGGUACUCAGCAGCCGAUAGCCUUGUUGAAGUUGUUAUUUGAACGAGGAGGCAUGUAUGAUAGAGGCAAAGAUUUAAAUUGGAAGUUUUUGAGAGAUAUUUCAUAUUUUGCCGCAAUGGGAGUAGCUGGCGGUGGCAGAAAUGAAGUCGAUCCAAGAUUUAUAUCAAUGUUUACUGUGAUGAAUUUAGUUUUCCCUACAACUUCGACAUUGCAACAUAUUUAUUCGUCAAUUUUAUCUGGGCAUUUAGAAAUAUUCGAGCCUGAAGUUCAAGUUGCUGACAUAUUACUCACAAUGACUUUAAAUUUAUAUAACGAGUUAAUAAUUCAUCUACCACCGACGCCUAGCAAGUUCCAUUACAUUUUUAAUAUGCGUGAUUUAUCUCGGGUCACUGCAGGCUUAUGUAAAAUAACUCCAAAAUUCUUUCAAACUUUACCGCAAAUUGUGAGAGUUUGGAGAAAUGAGUUUUCCAGAGUGUUUUGCGAUCGUUUAAUUAGUAUCGAAGAUCAAAAAUAUGUUAGACAUGAACUGAUUGAGCAAAUAAGAAAAUAUUUUCCUAAGGCAAGUCAGAAGGUUGCUGAAGUCGCGGGACCACGGCCCGGCGAUGACGAUUUCGUAUUUAUACCCGACGAAGAAAAACCGAAACAACAAAUUGAAGAGGUCGAAAAAAAAGAGGAAGAAGUUGAUGUUUUAGAAUAUUCGAUGCGCGAUCCAUUACUUUUUGGAGAUUACCGGAAUGCAAUUAAUGAAGGGGAUCCUAGAGAUUAUGAAGAUCUAUUAGAUUAUGAUGCGAUUUACUUUUUAUUUCAAGAAAUUAUUGAACUUUACAAUGAACGAAAAGAAAAAUUAAAUAUUGUACUCUUUAAUGAUGCCCUGGAGCAUCUAACCAGAGUCCACAGGGGUUUGCGUUUGGAAAAAGGCCACGUGAUGCUAGUUGGCGUGGGUGGGUGUGGAAAAGCUAGUUUGACGAGAUUGGCAGCUUUCACCGCCGGUUGUGAAAUGUUUUCUAUAAUACUUUGUAGAGGCUAUAACGAGAUUAUGUUCAAAGACGACUUGAAAACCUUAUAUAAUCAAUUAGGCGUUGACAAGCAACCCACCGUAUUCUUCUUUACCGCUGCCCAAAUAGUUGAAGAAGGUUUUUUGGAAUUUAUUAACAAUAUUUUGAUGAUUGGGUAUGUGCCUUCAUUAUUCACUGAUGAUGAAAAGGAACAAAUUACAGGUCAAUGUAGACCAGCUGCUGUAGAAGCAGGAUAUGGAAUUAGCAAAGACAAUGUUUGGCAUUAUUUCAUAGACACAUGUGUAGAUAAUUUACAUGUAGUUUUAUCAAUGUCGCCUACAAGUGACGUAUUAAGUAAGCGCUGUAGAAAUUUUCCUGGAUUAGUUAAUAACACCACAAUCGAUUGGAUAUUUCCUUGGCCUUUGCAAGCCCUAUUUGCUGUAGCCUCAGUGUUUUUGAAAGAAAACGUUCACAUUCCUGAGCAAUACAGAGACACGAUUAUUGAGCACGUAGUUCACGUCCACCAAACAGUUAAUACAUUCACUGCAAACUAUCUAAUAAUGUUGAGAAGAAAAAAUUACGUCACGCCAAAACAUUAUUUAGAUUAUAUCACAACUUACUUAAGACUCCUAGAAGAAAAAGGCAUCUACAACAAGGCCCAAUGCGAUCGUUUAAAAAGCGGUUUAUCAAAAAUUGAAGAAGCCAGUGGAGAAUUAGCAAUUUUAAACGCUAGACUGGAAAAACAAAAAAUUGUUGUUGGUAAAGCAACAGCCGAAUGUGAAGCUAUGUUGGCUGAAAUUGAAGAAGGCACCAACAAAGCUACAGAGAAAAAAGAUAUCGCUUCAUUGAAAAGUCAAGAAAUUGAAGAACAAGCUAGGAUCAUUAGUAUAGAGCAAGCUGAUGCUGAAGAAGCUUUAUCAGCCGCAUUGCCAGCUCUAGAAACUGCUCGGCUAGCUUUGUCCGACUUAGACAAAAAUGAUAUUACUGAAAUUCGUUCUUUUGCCACACCACCAGAAGCUGUGCAAGUUGUUUGCGAAUGCAUAACGAUUCUCAGAGGGUAUAAAGAAGUUUCUUGGAAGUCUGCGAAAGGCAUGAUGGCUGAGGGUAAUUUCUUACGAUCAUUACAAGAAAUGAAUUGUGAUGCCAUUACAUUAGCUCAGCAACGCGCUUGUAAGGCUCACAUGAAAAAAUCCUCAAAACUGGAUGAAAUGGCUUCUGUAAGCAAAGCUGGUUUUGGCCUAUUAAAAUUCGUUCAAGCUGUAUUAGGAUAUUGUGCUGUAUACAGAGAAGUAAAACCAAAGAAAGAUCGAGUAGAGCAACUCGAGGCUGAAUAUAGUGCAGCCAAACGUAAUUUAGAAAAACUGUAUAACGAAAUUGCCAAGUUAGAAGCUGAUUUGGAUAAAUUAAAUCAAAAGUAUGCUGUUGCAAUGAAGCGAAGGCAAGAAUUGCAAGAGGAAACUGAUAUAAUGAUGAGACGGCUCGAGGCUGCUGAUAAGCUUAUUUCAGGUUUAAGCUCCGAAAAAAUUCGCUGGACCGAAGAGCUCAACAAUUUGAACAUAGAAAGAGAACGUUUAGUUGGUAAUUGUUUGUUAUGCUCGGGAUUUUUAGCUUAUUGCGGUCCAUUUACGUACGAAUUUAGACGAGAUAUGGUUUAUGUUAAUUGGCAAGAUAAUAUUUUGGAAAGGCAAAUACCUCUAACAGUACCAUUCAGGUUAGAAAGAAAUUUGACCACUGAUGUGGAAAUAAGUCAAUGGGUCUCAGAAUCGCUACCUCCUGACGAACUGUCAAUUCAGAAUGGAAUUUUAGCUAUUAGAGGAUCAAGAUUUCCUUUGUGCAUUGAUCCACAACAGCAAGCAUUGAAUUGGAUUAAAAAACGCGAAGAGAAAAAUAAUAUGAAACUUCUUAGCUUCAACGACACUGAUUUCUUGAAGCAUUUGGAUAUGUCUAUAAAAUAUGGAGCUCCAGUCUUAUUUCAAGAUUCCGACGAUUAUAUCGAUCCGGUAGUAGAGGAUGUAAUACAAAAAAAUUUGAAAUCCAUUGGUGGUCGCGUAUUUGUGAUUCUAGGGGAUAAGGAAGUCGAUUGGGACCCAAAUUUCAGGCUUUACAUGACCACCAAAUUUGCUAAUCCAAUUUUCAAUCCUUCUGUCUAUGCUAGCGCAGUCGUUAUCAAUUAUACUGUAACAUUAACAGGCUUGGAAGAUCAACUUUUGAGUGUUGUAGUCAGAAAUGAAAGGCCAGACUUGGAAGAGCAACGAGAAAUGCUCAUAGCAGAAACAAGCGAAAAUAAAAAUUUAUUGCAAGUAUUAGAAGAUUCUUUGUUAAGAGAAUUAUCUACUACAACAGGAAAUAUGCUUGAUAAUGUUGAAUUAGUGACUACAUUGGAGAAUACGAAAAGCAAAGCUAAUGAAGUUAUGGAAAAAUUAGAGCUUGCAGCACAGACUUCCAAAGACAUUGACAAACUUCGUGACGUGUAUAGGCCAGUAGCCAAAAGAGGUGCCAUAUUAUUUUUCGUUCUUUCCGACAUGGCAGGUGUUAAUGCUAUGUACCAAUACUCUUUGGCAUCGUAUCUAGAAGUAUUCUCGUUUUCUCUAAGAAAAGCUUUGCCGCACACCAUAUUGGAUAGACGUUUGCAAAAUAUCAUCAACACGUUGACGAAGAAUGUAGUUUAUAGGGCCGUGGGAGACUAUAUAACUGAAAUUAUGGGGGAAGAGUAUAUCAUGCCCCCGGUGAUCAGCAUGGAUAGUAUUUUUGAGCAAUGUAGUCCGACAACGCCGGUUGUGUUCAUCUUGAGCCCUGGAUCUGAUCCUACAGCUGAUUUAAUGAAGUUAGCAGAUAGGUGUGGUUUUGGUGGAGGUAAAUUCCGUUAUCUUUCCCUUGGUCAAGGCCAAGAAACCACUGCCCUACAAUUAUUGGACACUGCCAUAUCCAGAGGCCAAUGGCUAAUGUUCCAAAAUUGCCACUUGCUUUUGGCCUUUAUCAAGCGCCUGGAAAAGCACAUUGAAAAAAUUAGCAAGCCUCAUCCAGAUUUUCGUCUGUGGUUGACUACAGAUCCCGUCGCCACGUUUCCUAUUGGAAUUCUGCAAAGAUCAUUAAAAGUUGUCACUGAACCACCCAACGGACUUAAGCUGAACCUGCGUAACACCUUUUUCAAAAUGCGCGGCCAACUUCUGGACUCGUGCUCACAUGCAUCCUUCAAGCCACUCGUCUACGUAUUGGCUUUCUUCCAUGCGGUAGUUCAAGAACGCAGAAAAUAUGACAAAAUCGGCUGGAAUAUUUGCUAUGAUUUUAACGAGUCUGAUUUCAACGUAUGCGUUCAGAUUCUGGAUACUUAUUUGACUAAAGCCUUUAAGGCAAAAGAUCCUAGAAUACCAUGGAAUAGUUUGAAAUAUUUGAUUGGAGAGGUGAUGUAUGGCGGCAGGGUGAUUGACGAUUUUGACAGAAGGAUAGUCGCUACUUAUAUGGAUGAAUAUAUGGGAGAUUUUUUGUUUGAUACAUUUCAGCCAUUCCAUUUUUAUCAGGAUGAUACUGUUGAUUAUGUUAUACCGCAAGAUGGCAAUAAGGAAGAUUAUAUUGCUUUUAUUGACGAAUUACCUUUGGCAAACAGUCCAGAAGUUUUCGGACUUCAUUCUAAUGCAGAAAUUGGAUACUAUACUCAAGCUACAAAGGAAAUGUGGAAUAUUUUGAUUGAGUUGCAACCUCAAGUUUCAACUUCUGAAAAAGGUAUCAGUAGAGAAGAAUUCAUCGAAGCAGUAGCUAACGAUGUUCUCAAAAAAAUCCCAGAAGAAUACGAAGUAUGGAAAGUGCGACGCUAUUUCCAAAGAAUGAUGUCGCCUACUAUAGUUGUACUACUACAAGAGCUGGAGCGUUUCAACAAACUCAUCUCUGCCAUGAGAAGAUCUCUAAUUCAAUUGAAAAAAGCUCUGGCAGGGGAAAUUGGCAUGGACAGUGUUUUGGACAACGUGGCUUAUUCGUUGUUUAACGGACAACUGCCAAAUAUAUGGAGGAAACUAGCGCCAGCUACUUGUAAGAACUUAGGAGGAUGGAUGGAGCAUUUUGAGGCAAGGCAGCUACAAUAUUUUUCAUGGUCCACUACAGGUGAACCAGCAGUUUUGUGGAUAUCAGGCCUGCACAUUCCAGAGACUUAUUUGGCAGCCUUAGUGCAGAUUUCUUGUAGAUUGCAUAAUUGGCCACUGGAUAGAUCUACACUCUACACUUACGUUUCUGAGCAUGUAGAUCCUGCAGAUGUUAUUUUACGACCAGCUGCGGGUAAUUGUCUCCUGCACGGUCUCUACUUAGAAGGAGCAGCCUGGGACGUUGAAAAUAACUGCCUGAAGAAAUCAACCCCGAAAAUUCUCAUUGAGAAACUUCCAGUAUUGGGAGUGGUGCCUAUAGAAUCGUUCAGAUUAAAGCUCCAAAAUACUUUGAAGACUCCAGUGUAUACUACGUCAUUAAGACGAAACGCUAUGGGGGUUGGUUUGGUUUUUGAGGCUGAUUUGAGAACAACAGAACAUAUAAGUCAUUGGGUGUUGCAAGGAGUGUGUUUAGUGUUAAACACAGACUAAGAUUAAACUGUGUUGAAUUUGAUAAAAAAAGGGAUAGUAUUUUGAAAAAAAAAGAUACCUAACCAAAAGGAAACAAUUAAGUUAUAAACGCGCAAAAGACGUUAGACCAUAUGUGUUUGUAGCAGUUUACUUCAAAGACUGAAAGCUAUAUAAGCUGUAGUUUUAAGAGUUUUUCAUGUGUUAUUUUGAAACUAGUUUCCAAGACUGAGUUAAGUUUGUCAUAUUUUACUGUAAGGUGUUCUUUGUAUUUCUUUGUUACCUGCAAUACUUUCUAAAUAAAUAAUCCAACUCUGUGUUUUCCUUUUUUUUAUUUAU